UAUGUCGGCGAGUGUGGGCCGGAGAAGCGGUUACCAUUUUGCAAAUAUACAGCGGGUUAAGGGUGUGUGGGGACUGAAUUAAAGCGGGCUGACACCUGCCCGCGGACAUGGACUUGGAGGAUGAGUACUACCCAGACGGAGAGGUAGAUGACGGUGGAGCAACGCCAGUACAGGAUGAACAUAAUUCAGGCUCAGACGAUCCGGAAGACUCAACUGAACAGUGUGCAGCAUCUGAAGCCAGCAGUGCAGGGCAUCACAGUGAGGAUGAAAGCCACAAGGAAGAUCAGAGCGAUGCAGAAGACAGUCCUGGCCGCCCACAAAGCAGGGAAGAAAAUAAUGUGAGCACAGAUUCUGAGAGUGAAAAACCCAAGAAAGUUUGCAGUGUUGAACCAUCAGAUGAUGAAGCAGGUAGUGAUAAAGAGAAUCACUUCACAAAUGAAGAUAAUGGAGGGGAGCGUGAAGAAAACCACGAUCAAAUUAAUGACACAGACAGUGAAAAGGAUGCUAGAGCAUCACCUGAACAUCAUGAGAGCAGAGGAGGCAGUGAAAAUGACAGUCCUGCCCCCCUCAGGUCUUCCAACAGUGAUGAUGAGCAGGAAGAGAAUGAGAAAACAGCAAAGAGGAAGAAACCAGUCCUAUCUGAUAGUGAGGAUGAGGAAAAAGAAGUACAGAAUAAAUCUGCUAAGAAAACUCGUAUAAUGUCGGACAGUGAGGAUUCGGACAGUGACUUUGCUCCCACCAAGAAAAGUGUCAUUGACUCAGAUAAGGAGGAAUCAGGUAGUGAUGCUGGUGAUUUAAAAAUAAAGCGGGCUACCCCACAAGGCCAGGAAUCAGACAGCGAAGCUGAUGUUGCCCCAGUGAAGAGGGUUGUUUCAGACGAUGAUGAUUCUGACAGCAGUGUGGAUGUCUCAAAAGCCAAGCCCAUAUCGUCUGACGAUGACGACUCCGACAGUGACUCAAACGCUCGUGUGAAAAAGCAGGUUGUUUCUGAUGCUGAAGAUUCUGAUAGCAAUAUAGGUGUGAGAAAAAAGCGGGUCUUCUCCGAUGAUGAUGGUUCAGAGAGUGACACUGCUCCAAAGGAAAAACCCGUUGUGUCAGAGGAUGAAGACUCAAACUCGGUCAGUGAUAUCGUUGCUAAGAAGAAACACAUUCCUUCUGCUGGUGAGGAUUCAGACAGUGAUGCUGCACCUGGAAAACAAGAGUCUAAGGCCAUCUUAUCUGAUAGUGAUGAAGAGAAUAAACAGCCCUCCCCAAAAGCCGAGUCUGGUCUAUUUGGCAGUGACAGUGAAUCUGAGGAUGAGACUGGUGUUGGAAACUUGAUAGCUGACAUUUUUGGUGAAUCGGAUGAUGAAGGGGAAGAGUUUACAGGUUUUAACCAAGAAGACCUAGAUGGUGAAAAAGCUGCACAGGAGGCAGAGAGGAAGAAAAUGGUUGCUGAAGAGUCGGACUCAGACAGUGAAGUUAGAGGAAAAGGGUUAGAUUCAGACUUUGUUUCUGAUUUUGAGAUGAUGUUACAGAAGAAGAAAGAUCAAAACCGGAGGCGGCGGCGAAAUCGGGAUGGUGGCACUUUCAUCAGCGAUGCGGAUGAUGUGGUUAGUGCUAUGAUCACCAAAAUGAACGAAGCAGCAGAGGAAGAUAGGCAACUCAAUGGCCAAAAGAAGCCAGCUUUGAAAAAACUGACCCUUCUCCCGACAGUCGUAAUGCAUUUGAAAAAACAGGAUUUGAAGGACACUUUUAUUGACAGUGGGGUGAUGUCUGCUAUAAAGGAAUGGCUCACCCCAUUACCAGACAAGAGUUUACCACAUCUCAAGAUCCGUGAGGAGUUACUAAAGAUACUACAGGAGUUGCCCAGUGUGAGUCAGGAGACUCUGAAGCACAGUGGGAUUGGGCGUAGUGUGAUGUACUUGUAUAAACAUCCCAAGGAAAAUAGAUUUAACAAGGAACUUGCAGGAAAGCUCAUCAAUGAGUGGUCGAGACCCAUUUUUGGCUUGACAUCAAAUUAUAAAGGAAUGACUCGAGAGGAACGAGAGCAGAGAGACCUUGACCAGAUGCCAACCCGUCGACGUCUGAGCAGGUACGAAGAGAGUGAUGACAACGAAGCCGAUGCCUUCUCCAUUGAUCAAGGACGCUACCCCAGUUCUGGUGGGCAGACCCCUCGCAGAGAUCUGGAUAAGGUUUUGACAGGAGAGGAAAAGGCACUUCGACCUGGUGAUCCAGGAUUCUGUACAAGAGCCAGAGUGCCACUGCCAUCAAAUCGGGACUAUGUUGUUAGACCAAAGUGGAAUGUAGAAAUAGAGGCGAGCAGGGGAGCAGUGAAGAAAACAUUUAAUCGUCUUGACAAACAAAUGCGGCGAUUUCAAGACAUCAAGAAAAUGACCAAAUCGUCUCGAGCAGUAAAAAUCAGCAUUGAAGGCAAUCGCAUGCCUCUGUGAUUGUUUACUUAUCAGUAACCUGGAUCUGGCGAAUGUAAUACAACAGCUUACAUACACAAUUGUGCGCACCUACCGUCCGGCCCAAUGGAAUUGAUAUACCUCCUCUGCUCUCUUCUGUCUUCAAACAUUCUUUUCAAGUGUUUUUUUUUUAAAGUCUUGAAAUGGUGAACUAAAGGUACCUGUCAUGUCCGAGCUCCAGAUAUCCAGUCACCGUUUCUGACCACAGCAUAUUUGAAGAACCCAGUCUACAUGUUGAGCGGAUGAGUUUAUUUCACUGAAGACUGCAUGUAUAGAAGUUGAAUAAAGUCUUUACAAAAUUACAAGGCGCCCAGUAGAGGAUGAACACAGCUGUCUGGCAGUAAGCCAAGUUGUCUAAUUAAGUGGAGAGCAGCGGUAAAAAAAGAACUUCAUUAAAUGUAAACGUGUGCUGUGUUUGGAUUUAUGGCUUGAAGUGUGUGCUAUCUCUGCGAGAUCGACACAUAUCGAAUCGUGCUGGUCUUUAAAUCUUUCAGUAAGCUCUCAUUAACUGGGUAGGCCUGUCAGUGGGUAUCUUUGUUAAAGGUUGGGCUGAUUGUCUUGAGCAAACAUAGAUUGUGAUGAAAUAUGUGAUUGUAGACACAUGCUGUAUUUUUUAAACAAAUAAAUUCCUCUUUGUAAAGGUU